AUGCAGGACGACGAGCCAUCCUUGAACAUUCCAUCACUCUUGACCCUUGCAGUAGUCUCGUUCUUCGUGCUGCGAUGGUUCCUGAACCGAGAUGAUAGUCCUUCCAGCGGUGGCAGACCCCGUGGCCGAGGGAAUGCGGUUGACCCAGCUCAGGUCGAGCAGAUCAUCCAGAUGUUCCCGCAGCUGAGCGUACGGGAAAUCAUGUGGGAUCUCCAGCGCAAUGGAGGCAGUGUCGCUGCCACGACAGAGAGAAUACUGACCGGUCGAGGACUUGAAACCCCACCUCCGUCUUUCCAACCUCAAAUCACGCUUCCUUCCACCAGUACUCAAUCGACGCCGACAUCACGCACGCCAUUGGUGUCAAAGUCAGAUGCGCAGGACUUGAUAUCUCGAUAUAACCUAAAGGGCCAGCUUGCGACGGAACCUGGCCCGGAUGCUCCCACAUCCCCUGCUAGUGCCAGCGGUUGGUCGCAGAAUAAGGAAGAGCGGCAGCGCUUACUUCAGAAGCGCCGGGAUGACAUGAUUCUCGCGGCGCGGAGGAAGAUGGAACAGAAGAGCCAGGCCCAACCGAAAUAA